GGGGUGGAACGUUGAUUGUUUCAGGGCUUCGAAACAUUAAAAUCAGCGUCAGAAUCCUUUAUUUUCUCUCAAAAGUAGAACUGCAGUCUCAGAUUCACAGUCACCGCAAAAGAAAACGUAAAGCGGAGGGAACCCGAGUUGGCGUACAUUUCAGGAAAGCUGCCCACCUCCCCCGAUCUUUCCCCAUUCCUCGCGGUUGGUUUCUGCGCGAUUGCCAUUCACGAUGAAGUGCCGGUGAUGGCUCCCGCUGCGUGAUUACCUCCUCCUCGAUUAUCUCUUCCUUGCACCACGCCUACCAUUCAGCUAGACGACGAUAACAACGGCAACAAAAACAGGGGCAAAGAAAAAGGCCGACCUCUGCCACAGGCACAGAUUCGCAAACAAAAAAAAAAUAUAUAAAGCAGAAAAGGACUCGCAAUGUUAUCGAUGCUCCAAGAGGCUUCGGUGGGGAAGGCGCGGCCGAUGCCUGGCUGGAGGAGCGUGCGGUCUGAAACUUUCAGCCCGUUUGUCAGCUGCAGUCGUCUUCGACAAGUUCAAGCAAUUCUACGUUACAGCAGCAAAUCAAAAUCUGAUGGAAUUCUCUGUAUUCUGGAUAGAGAUUGGAGAGAAAAGUGACAAGCAGUCUGAAAAGAUAAAGGACUUCUGUUUUUUAGAUGUUGGAACAAUAGAAGCAGCCUACGUGGGUAUUGAUAGCAGAUAUAAUGAAGGGUGCAGAGAAUUGGCAAAUUAUCUGCUCUUUGACCUGUAUAACCUGACAAACAUUGAUUCUGAUGUGACUGACUUGCCAGAAGAAGUGCUUGAUGAUGUUAUACUGUUAAUCAAGCCAGAGAGCGUUCAUUUGUACUGCAACCCUGUGAACUAUAACUAUCUUCUGCCUUAUGUAGCAUACUGGAGAAACCUACACUUGCACUGUUUGACUGAAAAAGAAUAUGAAGAUGAAGAAGCAGCAGAGGAGUUCAAAAUUACCAGCUUUGUCGAUAUGGUGCGAGAUUGUUACCGCAUUAGAGUUCCAUAUAGCUUUCAGGGCCAUGUUCAGAAGUUUGACAUGUUCAUUGUUGAGAAGUGGCCCAUUGUACAAGCAUUUGCGCUGGAAGGAAUUGGAGGAGGGGAAUUUUUUACUAUGAAACAUGAGUUGUUUGAUGCUAGUGAGGAGCUGUGGCAGACUUACAACAAAUUGGAUCCAGUCUCUUUGGAAGUCUUGAUUACUGAGGAUUUGAUGGCAUUUGACAGACAAUGGGCAAGCUUUUUUUCCAACUUUGACAUUGAGGCCUCUUCGUCAUUGCUGGAACUUUCAGAGGCACAGGCUGGAGAGCCAUUUCGAACUUACUUUAGUCAUGGGUUGAUCACCAGUCAAAUUACAGAGAAAAGCACUGAUAGGCAACCUUUUGUUCUUUUUGGUUGUCACUCAACAAAAGAAAACUUAAACUCGUACAGCUUUACUUUUCCAUCCGAGGGCCACCUUGUUCGAAACACAAACAACAGAGGAGGCACUGCCAGGCAUAUGGUUGUGCAGUGCACAUCUCCAAGAGGGCCUUUAGGAUGCUCAAGGACGUACUUCUUUGGAAAUUCACAUGUACCUUAUACAGGCAAAGACAACAAUCAACAGAAAAAUAAUGAACUGUUGGUGUUGCCACAGAUUUAUGUAGCUGUAAUAGAAGCAGUGCUGGCUAGCAUCCGAUGCUACGUGGAAACAUCCAGCUCAAAAAGUGCCAAAGAAGUUGCAGAAGAGGUUUUCCUUUCUACAUUGGACUCUUGGAGUCUUACACAGUUCAAAACUGUUCUAAGAUCAAAUUUGUCUUUCCUUAUUCAAGCUGUGAAUAGCCGAGGGAGGAUCAUCUCAUUGGAUAGCCACAUAAGCAAAUUCCUCGUUAAAACGGCAACCAUGACUGUGUAUGACAUUCCAGAUUUAACAGGAGGAAAAGGAACCCUAGGGUCCAUUGUCUUUUCUGAAUCGUUCCUGGAAUCAAAGCUGUUGCUCAAAGAAAAUGAUGGCACCAUGUCCACAGAUAGCAGCUACAUAAUUCUUACAGCAACUGUGCCUCGAUAUGUGUCCUGGAUGGUUGAAGAUGCUGAGGUGAAACUUUCUGAAGAAGCACAACAAAUAAUAAAGGCUGAAGAAAGUCUUCUGGGAAAUGUUCUUGCAAGUGGAGAUUCUGUCUACCUUUGUUCAGGUAGUUCAGCGUCCAGACCAGAAGAAGGUAAACUGUUUAUUUUGUCAGAAGGCAUCUUGUUUAUUCAUCCUCGGUCUGGCAGCAUGAUCAUUCCAAAGAGCCACAUGACUGCACUGAAGUAUUAUGAUGGGAAUUCCCCAGGUGUUGUCACUGUACUUAUCAUUGAAUACAAGAAAAUGCUGCUUCCACACCUGCCCAUUCAUUUACACACUGCAUCGAACUUCUUGAUGUUUGCACUUAUGCCAAGAUCAAAAAUCUACAGAUCCUUCUACUGCCAGGUCAUGUCUCCGUGGCAACAGGUGGGAGAGUCUGGGAUUGUACUGAAAAUGUGUCAGAGUAAUCAGUUAUCUGAGGAGCAAAGAAAGCUACACUUGAACCUAGAGAAACUUUUUGAGAUCCAAUCUAUACCUAAAGAUCAGCAAUGCAACCAUUUAAAAAGAGUCAGUGCUGACAUACCAGAGCUUGACUCGUUUCUGCAGCAUUUUGCUGUGAGUAGUGUGAGUCAUGAACCAGUAAGAAGAUCUGAUCUGUCCAUGUUAUUACGACAGCCAAAGUUACCCUCCACAAUCAGUGAAGACCAGAAUAAGAUGGUGAUCACUAUUAUUGCGGGACUUCCUGGUAGUUAUAAAGAAGACCUUUGUACCGAUAUUGUCAAUCUGAAUCAAGAACAGGGAAGGUGGUCAGUUUACCGUCAGAUGCCUGAUAAUUGUGAGCUAUUCAAUGUUGGCCAAAUCCAUCGCUUUCUUUCGAGUGUUCUUGAAGCACAACAGAAUCGGACUGUUCGUCAAUCUGUAUACUCUAGAAAGAAAGUGAGACUGCUGAUUGUGACACCAGGGUACACAGACGUUAUUGAUGUUGUGCAGGCUAUCCAGAUGCAUCCUGACACUGAAGUUCAGUCUGCAUUUGUUAUUGGUGCUAUCACUACUUGUAUUGACCCACAGUGCUCAACCAUGGAACACAGGUUAUUUUUCCCAAAAUUAUUGGAUCAGUGCUCCCAAGGCGUGGUCAGUAAUGUUGUUUUUACAAGCUUGACUUCAGAGCAAAGACAUCCACUUCUGAUGCAUCUGCAGAAGUUAAUUCGUGUAGCAAAUCCCAACAUUGGAUUCAUUCUUGCAGAAAAGGGAGCAGUGACCAGGAAUGCUGAUGUUGAAAUGAUUUUGUCUGAAAACAGUUUUUCAGAGCCCUCAAUGUUAAGAGCACGAUAUUUGAUGUUUCCUGGCUGGUGGAAUGGCAAAUUCAGAUCAGGUUCAGUUUUCCCACCAAUGACUCAGAUCUGUAUCAGGUUUAACCGUCCACUUGAAAAGGCCCGAUUUGUAACUAGGUGUAAAGCUUUGAAAACCACGUUGAAGUCAUUUCCUUUUGAUGGAAAUGUAUAUCACAUACGAGCACAAGUGAAAUUUUCAGAUUCUGAUAAAAAAGUUGAGGUUUACCACAACACACAGACUAAUAUGUUCAGCAUGGCCUCCUUACAAGAUAGCCCUUCUCCACCUCCUUUACAAGGUGAUGGGAAGACCAAUGGGUGCAAGCUUGACAGCUUUGUCGUAUUCAUCGGCUGCAUGCUGAAAGAAGAGACCAUGAAAGAUUGGCUGCGACAGUGUGCGAGCCAGAAGCUUCAGAAGAAACCUCUCAAGACAUUUGACACCCUCACCAAACAAGAAAUAAAGAAUGUCCAUAUAAAACGGCAUUUGGAAUUACCUCCACCUGGAUGGUUUUAUAACGGAAGCCAGUUUGUUAACUUCUUUGGUGAAAAGAGUGACUAUCACCCACUAAUGAACACAUUCAUAGAAGAAUAUCUGUCAGAAGUCAACAAAGAGAUUGAGAAAUACAACAGUGAAAUUGAAAAACAAGAGUGUGUGGAUCUGUUUGAGCCAUAAUUCUGGUGUCCACCUAAGUCCUUGAUCUGAUAUGCUUUGAAAUAGAUUGGGACAACAGAUUACAUUUGGUCAACAAAUUGCCUGAAGCUGGAUAAAGCUGGUAACAAGACAGAAGUUGCAAAAUAAAAAUCAAGUAAAAAGCAUGUAAGAAUUUACGAAUGUUAACUAUAUUCAAAUGCAACAGGUGGAAUUCUGAUUUCUCACUGUUGACUUAGUUGACCCUACUCAUGGGUGUUAAAACAGUAGUUACACAGAACAUUUUGUUUGGCUUAUUGGGUCUGCUCCAACACAAUUCCCAGUUGGUUUAUUUAACUAGACAGUUUUUAACAUGGAAAAACUCAAAGCUUGACACUUUAUAAAUCUUCCCAGAUCCUGAAUUAGAUAUGUCCUGUCCCAGGUUAUUUGUGAAAUUGCUAUUUGUGAAAGGACAUAUUGUACAUGACUUCAGGUUGGAAUGUUAAGCAAAUAUACCUACAAAAGUUCACUGCAGAGGAUCACAUGUCAGAAUAAAAACAAAAUACUGCUGCAAAAUUGAAGCCUACAGUGCUGGAGAAACUCAGCAAGUCUAUGAAGAGAGAAACAGAGUUAAUGUUUUGAAUUUGGUAUGACUGUAGAGUUCUGAAGUAGUCAUGUUGAAUUGAAAUAUUAACUGUUUAUCUCUACCCAUAGACAUUGCCGGGCCUGCUGGCUUUCUGUAUCAUUCUGUGUUUGUUAUGGUAUGACAGAACUUAUGGCAAAUCAACAUGCAAGAAGAAUUUUAGUUUUAUAAGCUGCCAAUUCCACCAAGCCAAUGAGAAUCUAGUUUUAAUCAAUUUUUUUUGUUGCAAGAUUCAAUCCGCCUGUAAGCCCUGGACUUUAUAUUUUUUUUAAUUGUUUCACAGUUAACAGUUCACUUUUGUUUAGUUAUUCCAUAGAAUUGAUCUAUGCAAUUUUGUUUAAAGAUCCUUUACUAUAAAUUUGAUCCGUGCAAACAUUAGCAAAGUUAUAAGUGGGUACACAGUCGUGGUGCCUCACUGAAUGAAUGUAUAACAAUUAAUCACUGGUUAUACAUUUAGAUUAAUUUCUGGCACUAAAUGUGAAUUCUACAUCACAAAUAACAUCUGUGUACAGUAACAUAAUUUCCAUAAAGAAGGUGUAUUGAUAUAGAAUAUCAAGUUUGUGUGAACUUGAAAAUUUAUCCCAGAAAAAGAUAGAGUAUUUAUGUUUGUCUUCCUUAAUUUCUCCUGUCUCUCCAAUCCGACCAUUGUGUUCAGUCCAUCAUGAGCUUGUGGUCAGUUGUUACGUUGAUCUUUGGAAAAAUGAAUGCAAGUUUGGGGCAAAGAGUGUUGCCUUAUGUGCAGGAAAUGAUUGCCAGAUUUUUAAUGCUGCAUAGGAACCCACUCAGUUUUGAAUACGAGUUUUUUUUAUUCUUUACUUCAAGCUGUCCUUAGCUACUGAGAUUUCUGGAAUUCGAAAAGUAAGAGAGAACUGUAACUUUCUGUGUGGCAUCUUUCCUAUCAGUGAUUUUCUACCUUUUAUGCACUGCUGUAUUAACCUGCAAAGGAGUGAAAGUAAGAGUUUUGAAUCUACCAUAUACAGGAUAAAGAAAUCUGCAUUAGAAAUUUUGAAGCAAUCAGGUGUUACUGAGUAGUUGGUUUGGUGGAAUAACAAUUUUUGCAAAGUAAACUGAAACAUUUGCACUUAAUCUGUUUCUGUUUUCUGCAAACAAGAAUUAGUGAUAGUAUGGAGAAUUAAACUUAUGGCCUCUGUAGUGGAAUACCGUGUUCAGGUUAAUUUGUUUACUGAUUCCAUAUUUUCACUACUUCUGGAAAAUUGUGCAGAACAAACUUUGUUUUGCUGCACUUUGAACUUUAAGGCCUAUGUAAGUGAGUUUGACAAUUACUGUGUAUAGCCUUGGUUCCGACAGUUUGGGUGUUCCUAAAAAAUAAGUCCUUAGUCUUCGCUAAACAAAAUUUGUGGCAUCAGUGUGCAGAACGUCUGAAAAUACUCGAGUACUAAAGCCAUUCAGCAAGUCAGUAAUGUUAGCCACAUUGUUGCAGAAAAAUUAUGCUGAACAAUGGUUUUAUUCCUCAAGGACUUGGCUCAACUGCACUCUUGUACGUUUUAAUUAUAGCUAUACAAGAAGACAGACGUUUGGUUUUGUACACCAAAUCAAACGGCUGUUUUUUUUAUUACAAGAAAGUAAGACGAUAAACAUCAUUUGUUUCAGUUCUGUGAAGUAGAAAACACAACGUGCUGAAGUAUUGCUCAGCUUACGUACAGUUAACGUACCUCCAAUUAAUAUAGUGUAGGGUCAUUCUCUUUGGAUACCAAGUUUUCUUUGUUCUGUAAAAUUAGCCACACAAAGAAUAAGUAACUUUUUUUAUAUUCCAUUUGGUUAUAUAAAAGGAAAGAGAGGGUUUUCCAGAAUUCAGUGCAUUCAUGCUGUUGCAUGUUGUUUUUGGAUUCUUCUACCAUCAAGCUAUGCAUGUGACUUGCCUUUAUGCAUGAAAAACAGUGUAUGGUGCAAAGGGAUAAAUUAACCAGUAGAUACAUUCCAGGGGAUGGCUGUUGGUAAAUUGAAAUGCUGCCAUUUACUUUUACAGUGGUGCCUUUGUAAAAUGCACGACUGGGUCGCCAAUCAUUAAAUACCGUUGAUUUUCUUCUAGUGUGAAGACUUCUUUAGCACCACUUUAUCACAUUGAUGAAGAAGCAGGGGGUUGAUAUAACCAAACUAAUUUGCUCCUUAAAUAUCUUGUUGAUUGAAGAGAAUGAAAUUUGAGUAUUUCACAAGCAUCGAACUUAUGAUUUUGAGGUGUGCAACCAGCAACUUGAUUCCAAAAUUCAGUAACCUUAAAUUUAUAAUUGACUCCCUUUAUUGUAGAAGAUGAUUUUCAUUUGCUAGAUGAAAAUUAUUGUUCGAAAGUCUUCCUUCAUGACUUAAGUUGUAGUGUGGCACAGUUCUUUCAAAAAAUUUGUGGAAAAAUUUAAAAUAGGUGAAAAUUUAUUAACAAAAUUUGCGUUCCACCUAUCUGAUCAAUGUUAAAUUUUAACUGAUGAGAUGGUUGCAUACUGAUUGCUAAUGCUUGCAGUCAGCACCUCAGGUACUUUUCGUGUUUUGCUGUAGUCAUGGUGAGGUGAUUAGGAAAGCAUUUAUCUAUAUCACUAGCUAUAUAUGGAGCAAUGUAAUUGAACUUAAGUGGAAAACUAAGUCAAAGGAACAUCUUUUUAUAAGUCUAAUGAGUAAAUGGCAGUUAGACACAUUUAGCUGAGAAAGCAAUUAAUAUCUGUAAUAGAAAAGUAGAAAACUAUAGAAACGCUUUGGAGCCUUCCCCAAAAGUAGCUUUUAACAGCUAUGCUGUGUGAUAUCCUGGUAGGUCUGAGUGUUUGUUUACUAGUAUAACCUCACAACUAAUGUUAAGAUGCUAGUAUGGCAAAUAAAUAGUUUUUGUGUGUCCAAACAUAGAGUUGUGAUUGACGACGUGAACUGUUUUUGAACAAGUUGUUUGUAUCUGAGAUAGAAACAACAGUGCCUAAACAUUAUACCAGCUCUGUAAUUUUUUUCUAGCUGGAGCUGUGUUUAAACUCAGUGAGCUGGUUUAUAGCUGGCUGUUGAACCUUGAUUUGAGGGUUAACUUGAAACUAAGUUACAGUGCUGCACUGUCAUAAAGUCUCUCUCAAAGAUAUCAUGCUUUAGUAUGUUAAAAAAAAACUAAACUUGUGCCUUGCAGUAAUAAAAGCAUGUGGCCAGUUUAUGUUCAUCAAUUUAAAAAUUGUGCUGUUGUAUUACAGGGUUUUGCAAAUGUCGUCCAUCAUAAUCUAUGAUUAAGUUAAGCUACUUUAAUAUUACUAAGAUGAAGUUCAUCUUGACCGCAUUAAAAUGUUAGUUUAACAUCAGUGACUUCUGUGAUUAUAGAGCCAGGAACAUAGUUAAUAUAAAUGUGGCCAGCCAUUGUAUUUGUAUUGCACGUUGAAAAGAAUAGAUUCACUGUGAAAUUGAUCCAGUAUGGUGUCCAGAUGGCAAUAGCCCUUUCACCAGGUAAUUCUCCGCCAUUGGAUCCUCAAAGAUUCUGUCAGUCUUAUUGCUCUUGGUUUGGGCUGUGCUGAUUUUUGGCAAGUGUUUUGCUGCUAUAUUACCCUGGAUUAAACUAAAAUAAAAUAUGCUGGAGAAUAUUAUGCAAUCAUAAUUUCUUACACUGCUAGAAGUACAAGUUAUUUAAUUGUAAGCAACCUAACUGGUGGCUUAUUAAUUCUCUUAUUGUAAAAGAAUCUGGAAUGUAAAUCACUUCUGGAUUUUAGAAGAAAACAUGUUGUGUAUGUUACGUUAAAUCAAACCAUACUAGCAGUAUAUUGUACAGUAACAUUUGCAAGUUCAACUCGGAAUAUGAGAAAUCCAUGUUUUGAAUUUACUUGUAAAAUUGUCUUCAUGCCAAAAUGCCAGCAGGUUGUUGGUAUAAAUCAUAGUGAUGGAUUAUUUAAAAUCUCACUUAAGUCUAUUUAAAAACUUGGAGGACUUUGUUUCUCGAUGUUUUAGGGAGAGUUAUUAGAAAUAAAUUGUGUUGAUUUAGAUUCUUUGGAAGUCAAUGGUAUUACAGAGCACCAUAAUAAAAAUAAAAAUUUUAGUCGACAUCUUUUGGGCAAUGAUACUGCUGUGGUUUAUCAGUGAUUAUUUGGUGUUUCUGCCAUUUAACUGAAUCAGGAUAUAAAAGAUAAUUUAAAAGUAAUACUAUUGAAGUCGUUCUUCAGUUAAAUGGUUAAGGCAGUCACAUUAAGAUGCUUUGGGUUUCAGGGUCUCCUGUUAAUUUUGGUCUUUUGACCCGUUAAAAAUGGUGUUGGUGAAGGGGAUUUGGUAUCAAACUAGUAGGAGUAUUGCAAAAAUGAAAUCUGAAUGCUAGGCAGUUGUUUUGAUGUUAAACUAUUAGCAGGCCUUAACAAAGUAUGCUUGUAUCAUUAUUGUUGAGAGAGUGUCUUGUGCUGGUCGCUGAAGUUAUGGAGCAUACAUUCAUUGAAAGGGAACACAGCAGAUUGAAUUAGCUUACAUUCCCUGGUCUACUUGACUUGUGGGUUAAUUUAAGUUCUAGUUUGUGUUCCUAUUUGGAAUUCUGAUAGUAUUUGCACAUAAGAGUUCAGUUAACAAAUUGGUAUUUUAAAAGGGAACAAUAUUAUUUGUUUGAGAACAAUGACUUUACUGUGAUUUGCUACAACCUACGAUGUAAUUAUAAACAUCAGAUCAUUAGCAAAGUAAUUUACCUCAUAAAUUGAAGCUAUAACAUAAAUUUUUAGACAAUUACUUGCUGAAUUUUUCAAGCAAAAUUCUUCAGAUUAAUGAAGAGUGAAUUCAGGAAUUUAUUUGACUUGAAAGCGUGCCAAAUUUGUCAUUUUGAUACUAACUUUAACCACUUUAGCUUGUGUUUUGGAAGGGGGAGAAUAUCUAUAAAUUUAAAAAAAAUUGAUGUGUAUUUGCACAAAACUACUGUAACUUCAGUUAAACUGGUUUUGCGAGUGACUGAAGCUUUUUUGCAUACCUUGUAUUUAUUACACUGCAAAUGAUAUAAUUAAUCCAACAAAGUGUAUAGAAUAAUUAAUAGUUUUACCAUUUAUUUUUGUAUUUGUUGGCAUAUUUUUACCUGUAGUUGUGAUGUUUGCA